GCCCAGAAAGAUUGAAAGUGACUCCACAACCAGAUCAGUUCUUCAGUAUCAAGCAGAUCCUGUGGCUACAACUGAAAUGGAUAUAACCAAACAUCAUUAUCCAGUUUUUUAUAGCAGUGAGUUUGUCUCAUUCCAGAAAACACUGAAAAGUGAGUUGGAUAUUACCACUUCUGUGCCUUCUGAGGUACUGAAGGCUUUAUCUAUUCAAACAGUUACAGGUCAACAAAUUCAAAUAGAAAUUUCUAAUGGUAUCAUCAUAUAUGAGCAAGUUGAUGCAAUUGUGAAUCCAAUGAAUGAAAAUCUGAACUAUGAUAAUGGCCUGGCUAAGGGAAUAGUUGAAGCUGGUGGCCUUUCUGUUCAGCAAGAAACUACUUCAUAUGUUGAGCAGAAUAGAAAGCUGUUGCCCAAAGAAAUUGUUUGUUUAAGUGCAGGUGAUCUUCCUUGCAAACACUUAAUUCAUAUGAUUGUACCUCACUGGAAAGGUGGAAUGAACAAUGAAGAAGAUGCUCUUUACAAAACAAUUUAUUAUGCCUUAUUGUUAGCCAACAACAUUCAGGCACAAAGUGUGGCUCUUCCUGCCCUAGGUCCAGGGGUAUUUGAAUUUCCAGAAGAUGUCUGUGCAACUUGUACCUGGAAAGCCAUUAAACAGUUUGCUAAAGAUGUCCAAGUACUUAAUCUUCAUACUAUCAGGUGCAUCUUUUUUCAACCCAGAGUAGUGCAGGCUUUUGAAUUUCUUGGAAAGGCAUACAGAUCAUUUUCUUGGCAGUGGGAAGAAAAUGGAUCGUUCAGACACUACUCUUUUGAAGUGUGUGGCAAGUUGAGUAAAGAAUAUGAGAAUGAUCCAACUGGUAUUAUACAUCUCGAAAUUGAUGAGAAGAACUACGUGAUAUACUUUGCUAAUAUGACACAAGUGAAUAUGAAAACACAGUUCAGGAGAAAGAUUAAGUGUGUGCCUGUAAAACAUUCUGUGGUUCAAUGGACCUACAAAAAUGAGCAUACUACUUUUAAUCCAUACACACAGGCUCAGUCAGACUUCAUUCAAAGUAUGUUUCAAUUUGAAAUUCCUAGAGAAAUUAAAAUUUGUGAAAAUAACUAUAUCUUUGACUUCAAACUGAUGUGUCAGUUAAAUGUUCAGACAGGCAUAACUCAUUCUAUUCAACAGCAAAAUGUAAUACCGAACACUGAUCACAUGAUACUUGACAAUAUGAAUUUUAGGCAAAACCCUACCUUUAAAGUAAAACUUACUGGUCCACAAUCAAAACUACCCUUUGUCAAAUGUAUGUUAGAAGAGAAAAUGAAAGAACUAUUCAAAAAAGAUUUGCUAGUUCUUCAGUAUAAUCCUUCAAAAAAACUGAUUAACGAAAUAAAUCAAAUUACAAAUAAAUUUGGAGUUCUUUGUUGUGUUCAAAAUGAUUCAACAUGUGAAAACAAAAAAUGCAUAAUUCAUCUUGUAGGACACACAUCAGCAGUAGCUUAUGCUAAGAAUGCAAUAUUAGAGGAGGUUUUAUCUUCUUUUGAAUCUACCACAAAACCACAGGUGUUUCAUAUCCCAUCACACUGGGAUGGCAACCAGGAAAACACUACUAAGUUGGUAUCUUUGAAAGAAGGAUGUACUGAACUAAAAGAUAUUGAAACAAAGUUUUAUCUAUCGAUGAAAAUGUACAAAAUUGUUGAAGUUUUUAGGAUCCAGAACACUUGGCUUUGGCAAAAAUACAGCCAGAGUAAAAAGCUUCUAGAGUUGAAAAAUAAUGGUUCUUCUAAUGAGAAACUGCUUUUCCAUGGUACUAGUAAUGAUAAACCAGAAAAAAUAUAUGACAGUGAAGAGGGUUUUGACAUGAGAUUCAGUACUGAAGGAAAAUGGGGAAAUGCUAAUUACUUUGCAGAAAAUGCCAAGUAUUGUGAUGCAUGUGCAUAUAGCAAUCCUGAUGGUUCACAAGAAAUCUUCUUAGCUAAUGUCAUCACAGGUGACAGUAUCACUCUCCCUUCAGACCCUAUGCUACGAAUGCCUCCAAAGAAACCGAGAUAUUUAGGGUCAUCAAGAUGUAUACAAUUUGAAGAAACCCGAUAUGAUACUGUUAAAGGAUUAGCACAAGAUAGUACAGUUUAUAUGACAUAUGACAACCUUAAGGCGUACCCAGCUUAUCUAAUUCGUUAUAGGCACUACCAGGGUAACUCAUGUGUUUUAUUCUGAAACAUUAUUUAAAUCUAUGUGAAAAAAAAUGUGGUGUUAAAAUGUAGAUAAAAAGUUUUCUUAAACAAGUAUAAAGUUUUACACACUUUUAAGGUUAUGAGAACCUGAGAAAUAUUAAGAGAAUAGAAGGCUAUUUGACCCAUCAAGGUUACCCUCCAAAACACCAAAACUAUCUUAUAUUUAGACUUUAAUAUUCACAAACAUGUUCAAUAAAGGCCUUAAAGUAUUUAAACCAACUGUGGAAAUGACAUCAUUGGGUAAUUAUAAAGCAUUUAUAACACCAAGAAAAAAAAGAGAUAAGGAUUCCACUUGAUAAUUAGAUUUAAUAUGGGAAAAAGCUUUACAGCAGAAUGUUUUUAUGAAGCAGUGAAAUGUACUGUGCCAUAUUCAGGCACUGUAUGAUUAAUAACUUUGAAACAUUGCAGUUUGAGUUGCUUAAAAGAAACAUUUCUUCACAAAAAGCUUUUCACAAUAUUAAAGUUAAUAGGAAAGUAAUCUCACAGAAAAGCAAGAGCAUGGAUCUAGGCUUCUAAAGUUUAAACCUUAUUACCCCAAAUAUUAAUAUUUCAAACCUUUUCAUUCCAUCACUCAAAUAGACUAUCCAUUGGAAAAUUAGCAAAACCCUAAACAUUAUGAAUAGCAUUCUUUCUGUGUUGGUUUGAGGAAUUUAUCCUAUAUGCAUAUAUGUGUAUAGGUGUGUGUGUGUGUGUGUGUGUGUGUGUUAUGCAAAAUGGAAGUUCCAUUCCCGUAAUUUUUAUACAUAGAACAAUUUUAUUGAGAUUUUUCAUUGCAACUUCAUUAUAUUGUUUUAACUGAACACGAUCAACAUAGAUCCCAUUUUAUAAGGCCAAGGAUGGGCUUUGUUUGUGGGAGGGAAAGAUGUGGUAGUUUGAGUUGUUAAAAAAAGACCUUUAUUAGCCAGCACUGGUAGAAUUAACCAAUUAGUUGAGUUGGUAGAGAGCUUUUUCCUUAUGCCUGGGAGGACUCAAGUUUGAUACCCAGUAAAGGAAAUAAAAAAACAAAAAGCUAGGGAGACAUAUUGAUCAAAGUCAAGUUCAAUGAAGGUAAUUACUAUGACUGAAGAGUAGUAUUAACUAUAUAUAAGGAUAUAGUUUUAGUCAAAACAAGUGUAAUAAAGCAAAUGUCAAGAAAACUGUAAAUAUGUAUGUAUUUAUAUCUAUUACAAAUGAUAAUUCUUUCAUCUUUACAUUUAGACAUCUAUCAUAUAAUUCUCACAGUUAUGCUUACAUCACAGGAUUUUGGUCAUAGGCUCUAUCUAAAGGUGCUGCUAGUGACUGCACUUAACAAGCUUAAAUGCUAAAAAACUUUUAAAUGGACAGUGUGCACUUUUCCUAUAACUUAUAUUGCAGUUUAGCUAUAAUUCAUAUUGUGUAGUCUUGGUUGAAAAUUAGUCAGUAAUGAAAUUUACAGUGAAGAAAGGCACUCAAAAAUCAGUGGAAUAUGUUGUCAGUUAAUUUAAGGAUCCAAAAUUUGUUUACUGUAUCCCAUACUAAGCAUGUAGUCAUUUAUUUGGAACUAUAAUUUUUAAUCUAAGAUUUUGAAAUGAUAUGAAUGACAUCAUGAUAUGUAUUAGUUAAUUUUUUGUUAAGUAAUAUCACCAAGUUUAGGGUAAAUAUUAUUAAAUCAGUGGUUUAUAUUUCCCAGAAGACUAAGAUCUCCUGGUAGUUUGCCAGUGGCUAGU